GAUUGUGGGUACGGCAUGGGGUGAGUUGCAUAAGGUUGCCUAAAAGGCAGCUGUGAGUGGAGGCUGUUUCAGCCCCGGUCCUCGGGUCACACGUCGCAUUUAACGCCGCGUCCUCCUCGCUUCGAUGCAGCGGAUCGCCAGCCUCGCUGCAUGCCGGGAGUUCGGCGGCCUCGCGGUGUGCAAGCCCGGGGUCUGCGCCUUGACGAGGGGCCCGAGCUGCAGCGGGCAGCCGGUCGUGCACCGGCAGUGGGCGGGUGUGUGUGCGCGUCCUUUCUCCGGGGAGCACGCAGCGCAAGGCCGGAGGCUCUGCAGGCGGAGGUUCGUGUUUGUGAGUCAGAAACACAGACUUUUCAGCACCGAGCCCGGAGCCGACAAGCCGGAGGGGAGCUCCGGUGGACAGCCCGAUAUCUCCGUGGUCGGCAUCCCGGAUCCGCUCACCUGGAUCCGCUGUAAAAGCAUCAUGUUCCUCAUCGAACUGUACUUUGAGUUAGACGUCAACUCUGUAGAGUUUGAUAGAGGAGUAAAACAGGCUUUGGUCCAUGUCUCCAAUGUGAUGUCCUGUGGCAGAUACCAUGAACUGAGAGGGGUCGUGUCCAAUGAGAUGGUACAAUAUAUUGAGAAGAGGUGCCGGUCUCUCACUAGUGCUCAGAGGCAGCAGCUAGCUAUAACAAUGGAUGAUAUUAUAUUUGUGCUUCCAGAGGACGUGUCUGUUGUCUUUGAUCAAUAUGGUAGAAAGUUCUGCUUCAUCGUCAUGAGGUUUUGGCUCCUGUCAACACACGAAGGGCCCGAUGACCCAGAGGGCACAAAAAUCUUCAAAGUGGCCUCUGGUGAAGACAGCAGCCCACAAAAGAAAAUUGCGACUGCUGUUUAUGAAUUCCACAGAGAGCUGACGAGGGGGGCCUCUCCUGACUGGACGGUCACGACUGUUUGGCACUGGCACUGGAAACUGGCUGAGGACGCAGCAGCAGACUAGUGAUCAAGUGGAUUUAUUUAAGUAUGAAAGACUACAUUAAACUGGACAACAGUCAAAGUGAGCAGCAGACUGAAGGUGAACAUGAAACAGGACCCAAAGCCAUAGCACUGAAGCUGUGCAGACAACUCAAGACCUCAGAACUUUAUACAUGAAACCAAUCCUCCUACUUGAAGGUCAUCCUUUGAUCCUCAGAUGCCUUUAGUUCCUUCCUCCAGUGAUUUCACACUGUUGAAAAUGUUAGUAAUACAAGUCAAAGUAGGAGUAACACUCCCAUUAAGUGUUUUUAGCUAAGAUAUGGACAGCGCGAUGAGGUCACUGGAGGAAGACUCUCUUUUCCUCUGGCAUGAAAGUUUUUGUCAUGGGAUUCCUUGGUCAUCUCUAUUAUAAGUGAUUAACCUUCAUUUGCAAAGGAAGACCAUGAGAUGUGGCUGAAAGCUCACACAAAAGUAAGUAAAACAUUGUUUCCAAGGUCAAAAAUGAACUUUGACACCCAACUCCACAUUGAAUUUGUUAAACCAAUAACCUGUAUCAAUAAAUUGUUUGAUCGUGACACCAAA